AUGUCGCAGCUGGGAUCGGCUGUGCCCUCAUCAAACUUACCUGAGGGCCUCCCGGUGUCCAGUUUGGCGCUGCUGAUCCUGGUGCUCAUCCCAUGCGUGCUGCUGCUCCUGCUGCUAAAUUGUUUGUUUGUGGGCUACAAACUGUUCCGGAUGACCCGGAGAAAGAGAGACCGAUACGGGUCCGAGAUGUCGCUCAUGCACUCUUCAUUUUCCACCCGCCAGAGGACCACCCGGUUCUCUGAAAAGCCUGUGUUUGCUCCGAACAGAAAGACUAAUUAUGUUUCGGUUUCGGAACCCAUGCUGGCGCCACCCAUCACUUCAUCCCUGACCUCCUCCGCGGAGAGACGGGCCACCGGGCAGCGCGCCGUGUUUCUACGCCCGGACGGGGCCACCUACGCCAGGUCAGAGUCUCUGCGCGUGCCGCACUGGAGAAUCAGCGCCCCGGUUCUGGUGCAGUCCAGUGAUUCGGACAUGGAGCGGGUCAACACUGUACCGCCAAACUCACCUGCACUUCGAGUGACUCCAAAUGGGUUCUCAGUGCCGAUGACUUCCCUGCGUAGAAGCAGCACUAUGGAGCUGGAGAGCACUUCUCUGGAUAAGAUCCAUGUGGAGUGUGAGUCCGCUAGCAUCAUCCCACAGGAAAACUCCUGUUAUGUGGCAUCAUCCAGCCCCUCGGCUAGGGGGUCUGGACUGGACAGUGACUUUGGAGCCAGUGCAGGUGUUUCUCUCCGUAUCCUUUCUAUGGACAGUGAUGGAUUUCCGGGCUCCGCCUGGGCAUCCGCUCUAGAAUGGGAUUACUACGACCCAAGUUAUGUCACACAAAACCACAUCCCGAAACACAGACCCCAAGCACCCUCCAUCACCACCAAACAGUAUUGGGUCUAGAGCCCGUUCUCCAUAGAGAGAUCCUUGAGAACUCCAGAACGAGACUCAAUUCAGCCUCUCACUUUAGAACUCGUUGAGCUGAGUCUAGAUUUCAUCCUUUUGGGUUCAGUGCACUUACAAAAUGUUCACUUGCUGUUUUAACUGCAACACAUCUUCACAGUACACACUUCAUAUAGAAAGAGUUCACGAUCACAGCUUACUUCUGCAGCAACUCCAAACAGGUUUGUUCUGUUUAAUAAUUUGCAUUACAGAAUCACUUCACAGUCGUCGUCACUUCAGACCACUUUCACAGUGUUUCUCACGCUUUAGAUUUCUCACUGUUUGAUAUUUAUAUAUGUUUGUCACGUGAUUCUCAGCAUGGAGUUACUGAGGUGUUUAGAAAAAGGCUGUUUGACUUUCACUAUUGACACCCUACGUAUUUUUGUAUGAAAAAAAAAAAAAGUAUUUAGAU